GAGGAAGUCGCAAGAUGGCCGACAUCGCUUGAAAGUAUGUUCCUCUCCUCAACAUGAAGUCGUGAGUGAGAAAGAGAGCGAGGGAGACACAGUUGGGGUUUUUGUUUUAUUUUAUUUUAGUUAUUUUACUUUAUUUUUUGUUAACCACCCAUCUCAUUCCGCAUCGCGUCUGCCCCCAAUCUGUCUUUGCCAGCAAGCUAGUUGACGCGUCAAUCACGCCGGGACCUUAGCUAGCUAACCAGCUAAGUUAGCUAGCUAGUUUGUUACUAGCUGAAGGCAUUUAACUAACCUUACCGUCGGCUAGUCUGCGUUCAACAUACUUUUAUCGAUAAACAAAUGGUCAACUGGUUUUAUUUAAGAUCAAAAUUGUCAUGCCGUCUUGCACGACUUAGCUAUGUUUGGGAACAAAUGCGUGGAAAUUGCAUUUCAAAUGUCUAGCCAGUUUGCUAGCAAGUGGGAUUAUAUUUGUGGUGUUUGAGACAUUGUUGAAAUCAUAACUGAAGCUACAUUGCGCGCCGUUACUUGUUAUUGUAACACUGUCGUGCAAGUUUGUAUAUGUUCAGUCAGCAACUCUGUAAUUGAUCGAACAAGUUAAUCUGGUAGUUGUGCUGUAGUCGUUCUGGCAGGCCACCAAAAUAUAUCGCAAAGGAAUGGACACACCAUUGCACUCUUAUGACCAAAUUUGAUAAAUUGCAGUUGUUCAGCAGUGGUUGACAAGGUACUGGCCAUCGUGUAACUGGCUGUCGGGAUUUAUGACAACUUGCAGGUCGUCGUAAAGGCAUUCUUCAUUUACAGAAGGCAGGCAUUACUACGUCGGUUACUGCAACUCCCUCUUCACUUUGCACGAUCCUACAUUUGAUCGCUUGCACAGAAAUAAAGUACACAUUGCAAUGGGAAUUCAAGGUUUCCAGGAGUAUCUCGAGAAGCGUUGUCCAGGUGCAGCUGUCCCUGUAGACCUCCUAAAACUCGCCAGAACAGCAGCCCGACAGCCCCCUCAUCACCAUCACCACCAUCCCCAUCACCCAAGCUCUCUGCCUCCACCACCACCGCCAGCUCGGAUCCUGGUGGAUGCCGACUCUGGCCUACAACGUCUGUAUGGCGGCUAUCAGACAGAUUGGGUAUGUGGAGGGGAGUGGAACGCGAUGCUCGGUUAUCUGGCGGCUCUCUCGCAGGCCUGUUUGUAUCAGGGAGGCCUGGAGCUGGUAGUGAUUUUCAACGGCACACUCGGCAAAGAUCGCUGGCCCGAGUGGGCGCGGCGGUCGCAGGGGCAGCGGCAAACUGCGCAGCUCAUUGUCAACCACGUCGGCAGCAAGGCCACGCCGCCUCCGCGGGCCUGGUUCCUGCCCCCGGCUUGCCUUAGCCACUGUGUCCGCCUUGCCAUGUUCCGCUUCCGUGUGCGGGUGGUGCAGACUUUGGAGGACCACCACCAGGAGGUGCUGUCUCUUUACAGGGACUACGGUUUCCACGGCCUGAUUGCACAGGACUCCGAGUUCGCCCUAUGCAACGUCCCAGCCUACUUCAGCUCGCACGCGCUCAAGCUCUCCUGGAACGGCAAGAACCUGACCACUCACCAGUACCUGCUGUCAGAGGCUGCACGCCAGCUCGGCCUCAAGACACAGCACCUGCCAAUGUUUGCUGCUCUGCUCGGUAACCAUAUUUUGCCAGAUGAGGACUUAGCUGCCUUUCAUUGGAGUCUAUUGGGCCCAGAACACCCUCUUGCCUCCCUCAAGGUAAGGGCCCACCAGUUGGUGCUGCCGCCUUGUGAAGUUGUGAUUAAGGCUGUGUCUGAAUAUGUAGCUUCCAUCAAGGACCUCGGCAACCUGGACUCGGUGGCCAGGGACGUGUUCAAACAAUCCCAGUCUCGAACAGAGGAUAAGAUUGAGAGAUUUAAGAAGGCAGUGGAGUACUUCUCAAUGGCCAGUAAGCCCCGACCUCCUUCUAUGGGACCCUCUCCUUACCCUUUCCCAGGCUUCGGACCCGGUCAGUUUGGUGGGCCUCCAGGGCCCAUGGGGAGCAUGCCGCCUGGAAAAGCCCCGUUCGGCCCACCUCAGAUGUCGGGUGUCAAGGUGCCUUAUCCCGGGGCGCCCUACGGACCUGGUUCUGGUCCCGGACCCGCCCUGCUAUUCCCCAACCCGCCUCCUCCUUUACCAGACUGUAACGAUUCGCUCGUGGGGAAAAUGGGCUUUUCCGAUUGGUCGGCUCCUUAUGAUUCCACUCAAGGUGGCAGCAGACUGCCCAAUCACCACACGGCUGCUCCGUCGGGCAACUCCCCCUCUCCCUCGUCCUCCUCGGACGGGGAGGAGCAAAACGACACCAGCACAAAUCAUCUGGACAAAGGCUCCAGGUGGGAGGAGUCCUCUGGCCGGGUGGGCGGGGCCUCUGGCGACCACCAUGGCAACGGGGGCGGGCCCUCCAUCCCCUCGCUGCUCUCCAUGGCGACGCGCAGUCACAUGGACAUCACCACGCCGCCCCUGCCGCAGGUCAGCGCCGAGGUGCUGAGGGUGGCCGAGCACCGCCACCGCCGCGGCCUCAUGUACCCACAGAUCUACCACAUCCUGACCAAGGGGGAGAUGAAGAUGCCAGUGUGUAUUGAGGACGAGUGCAACCCCGACCUGCCCCCCGCCUCGCUGCUGUUCCGUUCGGCGCGGCAGUACGCCUACGGGGUUCUGUUCAGCCUGGCUGAGACCCAGCGCCGGGCCGAGAGGCUGGCCAUGCGCAAGCGUGCCCCCGUGGAAGUGCCCCCGGUGAUCGUGAAGGAGUGGUGCGCCAGCAAAGCCAAGUCGGCCUUGACCCCAGAGCUGGUCCCGGCGCUGUGCUUCCGGGAGUGGACCUGCCCUAACCUGCGGCGCCUGUGGCUGGGCCGGGCCUCCGAGGACCGCAGCCGCCGCACGCGCGCCUUCCUGGCCUGCAUGCGCUCCGACUGCCCCGCCCUGCUCAACCCCGCGCUCGUGCCCUCACACCUGCUGCUCAUGUGCUGCGUGCUCAGGUAUAUGAUGCAGUGGCCGGGUGGGAGGAUCCUCCAGAGGCACGAGCUGGACGCCUUUUUGGCCCAGGCCGUCUCCAACCAGCUGUACGAGCCUGACCAGCUGCAGGAGCUCAAGGUGGAGAAGGUGGACAACCGCGGUGUGCAGCUGGCCUCCCUGUUCAUGAGUGGCGUGGACACGGCCCUGUUUGUGAACGACGUGUGUGGCCAGCCGCUGCCCUGGGAGCACUGCUGCCCCUGGGGCUUCUUCGACGGCAAGCUGUUCCAGAGCAAGCUGGCGCGCGCCACUCGGGACCGGGCCGCCCUGCUAGACAUGUGCGAGGGACAGGAGGAGCUGGUGUCUCGAGUGGAGAAGAUGCGUCAGGCCAUUCUGGAGGGCAUCAACCUGUCACGGCCCCCUCCCCCUCCCCCUCCCUUGCCCUACCCCGCCUUCCUGCCUCCCGCCAUGGUGCCCCCCUUCUACCCCAUGCACCCCAUGUACCCUCCCCGCCCCCUGGGCGCCAUGCCCCCACCCCACCCCCCACACCCACACCCACACCCACACCACCCUCACCACCACCAGCACAGGCCUCGAGCGUUCCCAGGUCAGCAUAGCCCUAACUUCACCCUGAAAGGCAUCCAGUCCAUACCUCCCCAGGGAGGCAAGUUGGAAAUAGCCGGCAUGGUUGUAGGCCAAUGGGCUGGGAACAAACCAGUCCGUGGAAGAGGGGGGUUCAACAUGCAGGUGGUUUCGGUUGGAGGCGGAAAAGGAAGGGGUAAAGAGGUCACGCCAAAAGGAAGGGGUGGAGGAGGGAAGAAGCCCCCCACCAACAGAACACAGACGUCUUCGUCACCACCCCCUGGCAGCGGCAGUCCCCCAAAGUCGACAGAGGAGGCCAAGGGGGCCCCGAUGACCCCCGGACCUGCUGAAGGAGCAGGCGGGUCGCCUCCUCAGCAGCAGCAGCUGAAUGGCAGCUCCCUAGGGACUGGGGCCGCCAUUGGCCAGCCCCUGGACCUGCCACCUCUGGCCCAGCCAAUCCAGUGUGCCUUAGCCAGCAGAGACAACCAAUCAGGAGAUGGGGUUGAGGUAGAGGCCCCUUGUUGCCUUGAUGACUGCCCAUCUGAGGGUGCACUACAGAAAGAGGAGUGAAAAAAACAAACAAACGAAACAAGAUGAGAAUCAACCCGAUUAUGUCAUGAAAGCGAGUGAACGUGGAGGAGAGAGUGAUGCGUGUUAGACUGCCUUUCCUUGCAAAAAUCCUAAAUCCAAGGGGCCGCAGUAGCCACUUUUUUAGUUUCCCUGUCGCGAAAUCAGUAUAAUUUAUGAUGCUAUGUCUGCUGAAGAUCACGCAUUUGGGUUUUGUGGGUCAAGCAGUGAUCCACCAGUCACCUGAUUUUUUUUGUUUUGUUUUUGUUUCUUUUUUUUAAUGUUUUUGUUUUGUUGUAUCCCCCCCAAGCAAUUUAAUUUUCUUUAGAAGCAGUGCUAACCUCCAAAGCCCAGCCUCCCUUCCCCAAAGACCUCCAUGCGCAUCCAGCUCUCAAUUGUACAGCUUUGGGAGAAGCCUCCUCCGUAUCAGCCCUUCCCAAUCUCCCCUCCCAACACACUCUUUAUCUGCUUGCCAGUUUUUAAAAGAACCCUUUAGUUUCCCUAGGCAUUGUAGAAAAGUCUCUUGGUUAUCUACAGUAGUUGCCUGGAAAAGGCUGCAGCAGCCCCUGUUGUUUUUUUUGUCCUAAAGUAAUUUUGUUUUUCGUUUUGGGUGAACUCCACCCAUUGAGGAAAUCGCCAAGUUAAGUCUAAAGUGCAUUGUAAAAAAAAAAACGCUCUUGCUUUAAGAGCGGUACAGGACUUCGGGAUGGGAGGGAGGGGUUUCUAAUCUAAUCGAUUUCUAUCAGCUGUUGUGCUGCAUGAUCAGGACUCGCACAGUGUUGUUGGCGGCCUCUCCAUGCCCUCUCCAAGCCAGCCCAGCCCUCCUGAUGAACUCUAGACUAGCUGGAGUGAUCUCACCCCUGCAACCUGUGAGCUAGCCUCUCUGAGUUGGGCAAGCAAAAAUGUGUCAUUCCUCUUGUCAACCCUUAUGUGCGUGCGUGUUUGUGCAUGCGCGCGUGCGUGUGUGUAUGCGUCGGUAUGUGUGCGCACACAUUGCACGUGUGUGUGUGUGUGUGUGUUUGCUACUGUACAUUCCAACUCAGAGGCCAGCCCCUGUUUCGAAAGGGUGUUGUUGAUGUGCUAUUGAUCACCGAGGUCGUCUUUGACAAGAGACUAGAGGAGACGGAUUGGGAUUCUGGGAGAAAACACUGCAAGCCCAGUCCUCUAUCAGCCCCUCUACAACUCUAGCCAGGGGGCCAGUCCUCCUCUCUGUCUUCUUGUUUUCUUUUUUCUUUUUUCACCUUUUAAUUUUUUCUCCUCUUGAAACCCUUUUGCCUAGCGUUGCACUGCCACGACCCAACAGCACUCUGGGUGGUACCAAUUCUGUGCGCUGCUCUAAAUGACAAAAAAAAAACAGCAAAAAAAACAAACAAACACUUAACUAAACGACAAAAUCCAAAAGAAACAACGAAAGCACCUUAUGGCAUCACCCCCUCCCUCCCCUCCCCCCAAAAUAUUUGAUUUAUGCAAAUUUUCCCUCCCAAAACCCCAACAUCUAAAGCUCUUAUUAAUUGCUACGCCCCAAAAGAAAAGAAAAAAACAUUUUAUUGAUUGUAUAUCAACAUAAUGGCACUUACUAUUUAUUUAUUGUAUGAAUUAGGAUUGUACAGAUGCUUUAAAAAAAAAAAUCUUCAAAAGAGCCCCCAGCAUUUAGUUAGCGAGGACGGGUUGUCAAACCGGCAGCCCUUAUUGAUAUUUCUGACAGUGAGACUGUGUAGAAACGGCCCCUUUCCCCCUCGCCAACCAAACCCACUUAUUAUUCUUUUUCUUUCCUUUCUUUUUUUGUCUCUGCAUGACGUGUGCAUGUAGUCUUGACCCAUUUGAAUGUGAGAACAGAGCGAAGCCAAGGAGCAACGCUUUGUUUUAAAAACCUUUCAGUCUCCUCCUGUGUCACCCACAAACCUGGCUAUAACCAACCGAGCCAAGAAACAUAAGGAGGGAUCUAUGACUUCUAAACUUUUAAUAGAGAGGAAAGCUCAAAUUAAGAAAAGAAAACGAGACCGUAUAUAUCCAUUCGAUGUCAUUGUAGUUAUGUAUGUGUAUAGUAUACAUAGAUUUAUAUAUACACCUGAAAUGAGGGGUCGCAGUGCCCUCAGGUGUAGUGGAGUCUUUUUUUGAAGCCAAUGGUUGGGAAUACAAAGUGCCCUGUUGAGCUGCUUAGAGGUCCUAUCCUAAGUGUCACCUCCGUUUUUGCCAAUGAGACACCAUCUGUGAUCCGUUGACUUGUUCCCCUUCCUCUGGCCGUCAGCGCUUGAUUUGUGCCUAACCAGCAUUCCCAACCAUUGCCGAGUUUUAUUCUUCUUUUGUUUUUGUUCAUAAUUCUUUGAAUUACGAUGAUUUUGAAAAAGAAUAUGGAAAAGACUCGACAUGCCGUUUGUGAUCUUGUUGUUCUCAUGAGCGUUUGAAAACAGAUUUUUUCCCCCCGUGCUUGUGCCUGUCCGUGCCCCUGUGACCAUGCGCUGGAGCUCUACAGUACUUGUGGCCGUGAUGCUUGUCGUGCACCUUUUUACAUAGAAAAAGAAAAGGUGGGGAAAAAAAACAGGAAAGCACUUAUAGCGAAAUAUUUAUAACCCGAGGCACUUUUGGUCCUUUAUUAAAGGAGGACAGAGGUGCUCUUACCUGGCAAGGAAAAAAUAUAUAUUUUUACUUUAAUGAGACCCCGAUUAACGAAUUUUAGUUUCUUGUUUUGUUUUUGUUUUAUUGGUUAUUUGUUGGGUGUAGCAACAGGCGAAACAGGUCUACAUUGUGAUUUUUUUUUUUUAAGUCACUUUAAGCGGACAUGUAUCAGUGGAUGGUAGAACAGCAAACCUAUCAAGAACACAACCGGUAGUAAUAAGAAUCCCCAGGUGAAUUAAACAUAACAUAAACAAAUUCACAGAAAGGCAAGUCACUGACAAGCACCUUAUUUUAUUACUAUAUUAAAUCUAUCUUGUGCCACAAAAAAAUAUAUCUGAAAAGCUAUAUAAAGCAAGGUGUGACAGAAACCCUUAAUAUUUAAGUGUUGAUGUAUAUUGUUAAUGUUCUCUCCCCUGUGGGAUAUAGCUCUUCUAACCCAUGCCAUGUAUUGCUACACUGAUACACUUUAAAAGGCCCUUUCAGUGUAUUCAAUUGAUGAGGCAAAAGUUUUUAAAAUAAGGGUUUGCAAUUGAAAGGUUUAUAAUAGGAUUUAAAUAUUACAAAUAGUACAAAAGUAUAUGUUUCUUAGAAAAAGCUCCUACAGUAAAUGACAGUACUGGACAUACUUCACUGAUCUGUAGUAAAAGAGCCAGACUAAUCUAGAAAAUAGCUUGACGGACUGUAUACUAAGCCUAGAAUUAUACGGUAUACGCAAAUCUUAAUUACGAUGAACUUGGAUCUUAGGACAGGAUGUUUAUUGCAUUUCAUUGAAAUGGUAUACAGAAGUACUUGAGUGUUAAAAAUGGUAAAACAUUUUUCUCCUCAAGCACAUGCAGAUACCACACUUGCACACAAAAAAAGACAUGUAUACAAACACACACACUCACACACCUGAUUCAUUUACACAAACUGAAAUUUCAGUUAGGUUCAACUCAUCAUGUUUUACUUUCCAUGUUGUGAUAGAGGAGGAUAGUGCAUUUCAGUGAUUGUUUAUCUGAAUGCAAAUGAUCAUUGGUUGAUGGACACAUACACUGAUUAUGUUGAUCUGGAACUCGAAUGAUGCAACUUGUUCCUUCAGUUUGGGAAUACAAACACACACAAACAUUCAUAGACAUAUACACACAUUUGGUGUUUUGCGCAUAGAGACACUAGCUAGCAUAAUUUUUAAGAAAUCACAAUCACUUUCACAGGUGGUGUAUUGUCCAGAAUGUUAUCAUUUUUGUUUUUAGUUGAGUACGUAAAUGUUAAAUUAGUGAUUAUUGUUUUGUUUCGGAUUUCAAUUUAUCCUUUCCCAGACUUUUCUCUUGUUCUUUCUUUUCAUUUCCUAACAUUUUCUCCCCAUUUAAGAAUUCGUUUCUAACCUGCUCAUUCCAAGUUUAAUGGGAAAAAAAAGAAAUUGCUUUCAUUUACUUGCUAAAAUUGGCAUAAAACUAAGUAGGAUUGUAGUGAGAUGGUGUUAGUUAUUAUGUUCGAAUCAUUUAGCUUUGAUGUUCUCAUUGUCUGUAAUCCCCAUUUUGUUUCAUCCCACCCUUGGAUUCAUUGAGUGUGAGCACUUAUAACUGAGCCUCACUCUACCAUCCUCCUCAUUUGGACAUUACUCACAUUGACUGCAGUUACAUGCAGGGAGUAUUGCAGGUUCAAACAGAAUGUUGUCAGGUUUAAAACAAGUUCUGGAAUAUCCCGUUAACAUGUGUGGAAGGAAGCGUGUUGUGCUACCAGAAUGCCUCUGAAAUGCGGCCGCAUUCGGAAUGAAUCAAGAGGUUACACAACCCAUGCGUAAACCAAAUAUUGCCAACCAUCCAUUCAAAGUCAGACUAUUCCUUGCAUGUAGCGGCAGUCAUAGGUGACUGGAUCAUCUCCAUACGUCCCCAAAGACUCGAGUCCACUUGUCUCUUUUCUCACACAAACCCCUUCUUCUAUAGCGCGGUCUGUCACUUUGGCGAGUUUGAUAUAGCGAUAGUUCUAUCUUCGUCAGACCCGAAAGUCACCCUAAUCGUGAUGCCGUGUAUCUAUGUACUAUCUUUCCUCUGUUUCCAUUGGUAUAUCCAGGCCUCUCUUUCCUUGACUUCAGUACUGUAUCCUUAACCCACUAUACUAACCGUAAGAGUAAUAUUAACAUUGAUAACCAGUCUGUAUGUAACCGUAGCCAGAACAUGGGAAAAAAGUCUUUUCAGCAGAACAAAAAAAAAAUAACAUCCCUCUUUGGUUUUCGUUCAGUUGUGCAAAAUGCUUUUCUUACUAUUUUCUAAUGUUAUUACAAACUGCUACUCCUGCUGUUUCUACAGUUAGUAAUCAGAUACGCUUAGCAGAUAGAUAUUUUCAAAACUGUAAUGAUUGCAAUUUUCCUUAUUUGUAUUUUGUAUGGUAUUGUUUCUGACCACUUCACCAUUAUGAUGUAAUUAUCGCCUGGCUAAAUUGAGAUGCCCAUUUUUUUUUUCUUUCUGAAGACCAUUUUCAAAACCUAUUUUUAUUUUUAUUUUUUUUGUCCCCAGCCUUGAAUUAACUAAAGUCUAUUUUAUUCGAGCGGAGCCUUGCACCCUUGCACAAAGCAGAAGAAACUCCACAACUGAACCAAAGUGCAUACUUUUCUUAUCUAUUGAUGUCGGCCCAAAAUUAGAUACCUUUUGUUAAUUUGAAAACUAUAUGGUAUAUACAUAUAUAGAUAUAUAUAUUUACAUUUAUAUAGAGAUGUGAAAGACACAAGUUAUGGGUCCAUGACAAGAAACUGAAUGAAGGAAACUUGUGAUGUUUACAUCUUUUUGGUGAAAAGUGGCCAAGUCUUGUAUCGUCCAAUUUCGUUGCUAAGAAUAAGAUUCUUGUUUUUGUUUUAGUUUUUGUCAUUAUCCUUGUGAGUGAGUGGACACAGGUCUCGAUACAGACAAGUCCCAACAUUUGCCUCUCAUUUGCUUGUCAAACAUCCUCUCCGCUCCAAAGCACGCCUAUGUGGACGUCACACAAAGGUUCAGUGCUCUAAACACUUUCUAAAGAUGUGCUUAGACACACAUGCUCACUCCCUAUCAUACGUGCAUACACACUAUCUCUCAGACACAGUGAGUUUAGCAAGCCCAUUUUUCUCUGUAGCCGUGUGUCUCAAAGUGUUUUUGGUGUAUUCUGGCCCUAAAUGUCCACCCCACCGCACAUCCUGACUCUGUGGGCCCUAACACCACAGGGCACGCUCUCUGCUUUCUACCUGCCUUUUCAGAUUGUAAGCCAAUGAUGAAGUGUUGUGUAUUAUGACUCACCCAGACCACCUUGCAGAUGUUCAUGUGCUCUAUGCCUCAUCACAGCAUCAACCCUCUUCCAUGUUCAUUUUUUUGUUUUUACUAUUACCAUUAUUUGGGCGGAUAAAUUAGCAUAUGACCCAUUUGUAGGCAACACAAUUGUCGUCUGUAAUUGGAAGACUGAUUCAUUCAUUUGGAACUGGUGUUCUGAUGUGUGUGUCAGAUUCUACCAAUGAGCUUGUGUAGUGAGGGUUAAUCUCAUCGUCAUUAUUAUAAUUAUUGCUGUUAUGAUUCAGAUUGAUAUUAACAAGUCUCAUUUUUAGUGUAAAGAAAGCACCAGAUGGUUUUGGAAAGAAACUUUUUUUUUUUUUUUACUUGUCUUGCUGUUGUGGUCAGAUUUCACGGUGGAUGGAGAGGAAAGCCAGUAAGGCUAUGAGGGAAUGAAAGAAAGAGAGUCAGAGUUGGCAGUCUUGGUCGUACGGUUGGGAAAUGACUUACAGUGCUGAAAUAAAUUUUAUUCUUUUAGUAAA